AUGCGCCUCAUCUCGAUAUCCUUCGUGGUUCUCACCGUGAUUCAAGCUCGUCACGUGAUCUCCUCGGCUUUCGUUGACCCCGCAACGACGGAAGCUAAUCCCCUGGCAAGCGUCCAUCCUCCAGACGGUAGCUACGAUGGCGUUCCCGCUGAGUGGGUGCGGGACCCAGAUGACCGUACGACUGGCGAAGAGAGGAUGAUGCCUGGGGAAUUGUUUGAGAAUGCGAUGUCGUCUGCAUCUACUAAAGUGAUACAACAAGUGCAUGAGCAUUUUCUGGACCUGUCUGUGCAACUCGGAUGUGACACGCAGUGGUUGCAAGCAUACGGUUGGGGUGCUAUCCAGCACCAUGUCGAGACCGGUGGCGAGCUCCCUUGGCAGCUGGCUGAGAAAUAUAAACAACUUCUCAUCAGCAUACGGAGCGCACCCGAUGGUGGAUUGGGGACACUCGAAUGGAUUUACUAUUCUUUUCUUGCUCACAUAAGAAAAGUAGAUAAGCAGACGGAUCAGAUGAUAAAACAGCUGAAUGUGAAUCCCGUGGACGUCGCCAAGCUGAUGAUCAAUCGUGCCUUGAUGGAUGCAUCCAAGGAGGAAGGGCUUCAAGUAAACAUUUAUAGUACCCUGGACGUUGGAGAACUGGAGGACUACAUCAGUAAUUAUAACGCGAAGCGGCGUGGCACGCCUUCGGAGUCCGUACGUGGAGAUUUCACGAUGCUAGAGACGUUGUCAGGCGCCUUGAAUCACAACGAAGCCGUACUCUCAGAAUUCCUGGUGAGGUUGGGUCGUAUCCGCGAACACAGAACGUUUAUACGGACAGUGCGGACUGAGCUUUGCACGACCUGGGUAAAUGCAAGGAAGACAAUUCCUGAGGUUGCUUCCAGUCUGAACAUCUUCAAAGGGACGGACGUCAUAAACCACAUAAAUCGGGAUACCUUUAUCAGAUUUAUCUAUCAGCUCGUCAAGGCGGAGGUUCGUUUUGUGUCAGAGAUUGCCUAUGAUCUAUGGGAGUUGUGUACUCCCCGUCAGGCUAUAUUGCUGCUUAAAAGAGGAGAGCAGGAAAGCAAGGUCGUAUUCCAGGAAUUGGAGUUAGCGAUGUUUGCGCUUUUGCAGAUAAUGAACGUCACUCCUGGCCUACUCGAGAUGGAGAUUCGUGCAACAUGGCCUUUAGUUGUUUCAACACCGGACGUCGAGACUCGAGCUCUUGCGCAGUAUAUUGAAUUUUGCAACUCAAAUCAGUUGGCUAAACCACCGCUUGCCCUUCGUAACCAUAUCCGUUAUUAG